GCCUUAUGGGAACUUGUGGCUACACCAGAGAGCUUCCCUGAGUGUGUGAUGCGGCGGCCAGCAGCCCGCCUGGUGCUUCUGUGCCUGGGCUGCGGCUUCUGUUCGCUGUUCUACGCAUUGUCACAGAGGACAGCCCACAACAUACAGACCGGACAUUCUGUGCUGACUUCAGCCUUCCGUGAGGGGGAGCAGACAGGCCUAGGGGACCGGCGGCUUCAGCACAGGUAUUCUGUCAGGUGUAAGGAUUUCUCUUGGUCUUUCUGGAAUCCAUAUUGGAUGCUGCCAGCUGGUGUGUGUGGAAAGAACUGCUUUUGGGAAGCUGCUUUUAGAUAUGAGACUCCUUUUAAGCAUGAAGCUGAAGCAAUGCACUUGGCGGUUGUUGCCUGUGGCGAUCGGUUGGAGGAGACCAUCACAAUGCUGAAAUCUGCUGUGAUUUUUAGUAGAAAUUUUCUUCAUUUCCAUGUUUUUACUGAAGACCAAUUACACAGUGACUUUAAUACUACUCUUAAUAGUUGGGGACUUACAGAGAAGUUUAAGUUUAACGUAUACCCAAUAACUUUUCCAUCAGAGAAUGCAGCAGAAUGGAGAAAACUGUUUAAGCCCUGUGCUUCACAAAGAUUAUUCCUACCAGUAAUUCUUAAAGAUGUGGAUUCCCUUUUAUAUGUGGACACAGACAUUCUAUUUUUACGGCCAGUAGAUGACUUAUGGUCAUUCCUUAAAGCUUUUAAUGCCACUCAAAUUGCUGCUAUGGCUCCAGAACAUGAAGAGCCUCGUAUAGGGUGGUACAACCGUUUUGCAAGACACCCCUACUAUGGAAAAACUGGCAUAAAUUCUGGAGUAAUGUUAAUGAAUAUGACGCGUAUAAGAAAGAAGUAUUUUAAAAAUGACAUGACAACGGCACGGCUGCGCUGGGGUGAUAUACUUAUGCCAUUGCUUAAAAAAUAUAAGCUUAAUAUAACAUGGGGUGAUCAAGAUCUGUUAAAUAUCAUGUUUUCCCACAAUUCAGAAAGCCUUUAUGUGUUCCCUUGUCAAUGGAAUUACCGUCCUGAUCACUGCAUUUAUGGAAGCAAUUGUCAGAGUGCUGAGGAAGGAAUUUCAGUGCUUCAUGGAAACAGAGGUGUAUACCACGAUGAAAAACAGCCGGCAUUUCGAGCAGUGUAUGAAGCAAUUAGAAAUUAUUCAUUUGGAGACAACCUCUUCCAUUCGUUACUGUAUCCAUUAGAACUGAAAUUGAAAAAGACGACACACACAUAUUGUGGUAGGAUUCAUGAAGUAUUCACCAGGCAGCUGACAAAAAGCAUUGAAGAUCUUUAUGCAAGGCAGCCAAUUGUCAGGUGAUACUCCUGCUAAAGUUCCAUUUUGUGAAGCGGCAGCUAAUCCAGAUUCUACACAAACUACCUUACACACUCUUCUGCUUGGAAAACAUUAUGCCAGUCCAUCAAAAAUGAAGAAUUAUAUUGAAGAUAUUCUACUGAAUUUGCAAACCUA